AUGUCGACAGCUAGAAGGUCAUUUGCGCUAAUAGUCGUCGUCAUUGCUUUCGAAGGUAAGUACAUCGUACUCCUAUUGUGUCAGUCUUCACAACUUAAGCGUUUGUGUUCAUACUGCCAAUUCAAAAUUUAAGUGCUUUUUUCCCAAAAUAUCGAUUACUAGAUGCAAUAGUCAAUGUGAAAGGCACUAAAGCCCGCGGUAAUUGCUGUUAGCUUACCGCCAACGACUGUAGCGACAGAACUGAAUUAAUUCCAUUAUAAAAAGUUCUGAUAACUUAGCAGUCUUUUGACUUAACAAACCAUCAAGGAAACUCAAAAGAAGUUUGGUACCCUGGCCGAUUUAAAUGUCAUACAAAUGAAAUCUAUUUUAUUCAGGCACUUGCUAUUGUCUUGUGGAGAUCAUCUCGAGUGGUGCGCUUUCGCGGUGAAAAUAUGAAGGCAUACAUAAACUGAAGAGAUAACGGUGAAUACAUUCUAUCAAAAUUGCUAUAUUUGUGGUUUUCAGCUAACGCCACGGAGGUCAUGCUGGUGGACAAGAACAAAAGCGUUUCCCUCCUCUAGAAAAAAACUCUUUUCUCAUGCAAAUUUUGCUAAAAAUUUUUUAUUUUUUUGUCCACCAGCAUGGCCGCCUUAUCAGGCUAUUGAAAACCAGCAAUCAAAUGUAGCUUCAAGAAUGUAAUCGAUAAGCGGUCAUAAACCUUUAAUACCAAUCUUUUUUUAAAAAAAACUUGUUUAACAAACCGAGUAAUACACUACUGUGAUCAAUCCAAAAUUUCUCUCUAGCAGUUGUUUUGACACGGAGUCAAUUUAAUUACCACUUUUAGCAGAUAAGUAUCUCUGUUAAUUCCAUUAUCAUUAUGUCUAAUCGUUUGUUUGGUUUUGUUUUUACAGUCAAACCAGGCCAAGCGUUCCCGUCGCUAGCAAACUAAUGAAUCCAUUAAUGGAAAAAUGAUUUCGUUUGUUGAUUCAAUAAUCCAUUCAUAAAAUGAAUAAUCCAACUGUAAAAUUGGACCUAGAUUCAAUAAUUAAAUGUUGAUUUGGUUGAUGAACAAAAUCUACCUGUUCUUUAUUCUAGCUUGUCUGUUGAGUUCAAUCGUAUUUGCCUCCCUUUUCCUACCGUUUACGAUUGCGUUUUUAAUUGCCUUUAAUCAAAAUAACAGCUAGAAGAGACAGACUGCAAACGCAAAGAAACUGACAAAGGCCGGGGAUCGAAAUCCACCAAUCAUCGCACAUACACUGACCUCAGUUUGACUAUUGUGUUUUCUAAGAGGUCAGGUCCGUUGCAUUGAUUACUGGAAGCAAAGCGGCAUACAUGUAACGGUUUGUUUGGGUUGAACUUCAGAACUCGCCCGCACUCGACUCUUGGACACAAAGAAGAAAAAAGUGUAGUUUUUCAAAAAACAAUAAUCGAAUCAACAUUCGAUUAUCGAAUCGAGGCUAAAAAUGAAUAUUGGAUUGUUCAUUUUAUGAAUGGAUUAUUGACUCAACAAGCGAAAUCAUUUUUCCGUUAAUGAAUUUACUAGUUCGUUAGCGACGGGAACGUUUCACCUGGUUUGACUGUAAUAUCAGCUUUUUCUGACAAUGCGUCAUCGACAAAUAAAAACAAUACAAUACAAAACAUCUGCAUCAAAUUGGAAUAACUAGAUUAAACUCGCUCGUUCAUUUAUUCAUUCAUUCAUUCAUUCACUUAUCAUAAGUGACCUUCGUUCACAGUAGUGUCUUAAGGUUAAACGGUUAGGGCUGAAAAGAGUAUAAAAGCUUUAGGUCAAGCUUUGGUUGCUUGACCAGACUAGAGAUUGACAUCUGUCUCAAUAUCUUUUCUUUUACUUAUAAAUUAUUCCGUUUCGCUGCCUUCUUUUUCUUUAGGUGCUCGUGCUGAAGACAUGAAAGUUUGCCCAAAAGAAAUGGUCAAAUUGUAUUGUCCUCCCCUUGAGCAAGCCAUCAAGAGCGGAGAUUACAGAGAACUCAUCUGGAAAGUCGCCGACCCUCGUGACAAAUCUGAUUCUGCGCGAAAACUGGGUUAUUGCGGCGAAAAUCUCAGCUGUACCAGUUAUAAUUCCUUGGAAAACUUUGAUGAACGUAUCACGAUCAGAAAUUCUCCUGUAAAUGGGACAUUGUACAUAGAGCAAGAGAUCAAGGAUGACUUAUUGACUUUCACUUGCUCUGUGCAAAGAAAACAGAACAAGGACCCCCUCGUUCACCAAGUGAAUGUUUUCUCUUCUGUGAACUGUGAGUAGAAUUCAGAGAUGGAUAUUUUUUUGCUUCUAUUUUUAUGCCUCAUUUAGUGCGCGCACUGUGAUUGCUUAGCGGUUUAGUGGGCCGGAUAAAUCACUGUAAUAUAUAAGGACCGUAAAUUUAAAAGUUUGCUUUGCAGGCGUGGAUCCAGGAUAAAUUAUACUGACCGAGUCCUAAACGAGCGAGCCCAAGGCGCAACCUUCUAGGGGGUCAGGGGGCGGGCUCCUAUCCCUUACUCAUUAAGUAGAUUAAGGCCUGAGUCAUUACAGAGUUUUCAGAAUUUUUAAAGGGGGGUGGUAUAACGUAAAGUAUUUUCAAGAAAUCCCAUGACUAACAAUUUAAGGCCAAUCAUAACCAAGAAAUCUUCCAAUUUCAUUUUAAAAAUUGUUUAUAAGAGCAUCACGUCAUCAGCCACGCCCUGAUUUAUCGAGAACUCCUUUGAGUCGAAAUUCCCACCAGAAAGAGAGUAACCUAUUUUCCUUCAGUAGGUCCAAAAAGUGGCUACUAAUAGUCUUCAUGUAAAAACAAUCAGAAUGAGGCGGGGUCAAUAAACCUCUUUCUCCUGUCGAUGAUUUUAAAUAAACCUCUUUCUCCUGUCGAUAAUUUUAGUUGGAGGAGAACUGGUACUAGUCAGUGAACACCCAUUGCACCUGCCAAUUGUAACGCCUCGAACCAUUCCGAGCUGAUUUCUUAGACACUUUGUAGGGACAAUGUUUUGAUACAGAGAAACUUGAGCUACUUGUUUGGCAAGUGGUGGGAAUCGUUGGUUACAGUUUUUGAACAAUGGAGGACGUAGUCAAUCACGUGUCCGAAUAAUUUCAAUUUCUUUUUUCAAGUUUUUUAAGUUUAGUUUACCUCCCCAGAUAUCGUCCCUUGUGGAUGUUUUUAACCAUAGUUUUUGGAAACCGUACAUAAAAACCAUAAAUGACUUAGACCCAGGCAUUAAUCUACCUGAGCAGGAAGUUUUUUGGAUUUUUUCUCCUUAACUGAGUUCCCUUUCCUCGGUUUUCCGAGGCAUUUAGACAGAUUUAAGUUGGAAAACUUUUUUUAUUGUUAAAAAUAUAUUUAACAUGAAAAAUGUGAGUGCAAGAGAACGACUGGACAACUGACAAUUUGACUAACAAUAGACGACUGCCUAACUGUAACAAUAGACGGAUCGAAACGCACCAAUUACAUUUACUUACGAGUCUUCAUAGCCAAUAACAUCACGGCUAACUGACAGAUAGCCAAUAACAUCGCAUAAUAGCGAAGUGCGCGAGUGACGUCAUCCAAACCCCGAAAGAGUCAGACAAACACAACUUUCAGUGAAAGAAAUGGAGGAAUAUUUAAAGAUUUCUUCGAGCUCGAGGCAGUGGCCUCAAUUGUUACAGAAUAUGACAGAGACCCGGGUUCAAACUAUGCUGAUGAGCAACUAAAGUAAUGAGUAAAAAGCCGGGGCUUCAAGCAAGCGGUUAAAAGGAGUUAUUUAUUCACAAGUGUGAGCGAUUCGCUCGCUCUAGAAAAGUCCUACGACGGCUUAUCCUUGACUGAAGUACAGACGAUGGCAAGUAAUAAAUUCUGCAUUCAACUUUCUGGAAAGAGCAUCUAAGAAGUAAAUAAACAGGACUUAUGUAUGUACUAUUGAUGUUCAGAUAAAUUGAUCUCAGUGUAACAGUAUAAACUGUAUAUUGUGUGUGUACAGGUUUUCAGUUUCUCGGUCUUUUGCACUAACUACCUUGAGGGAGGUCACCACUUGCUUUUAAUUAAGUUGUCUUCAUAAUUUAAUUCAUUCUUCAGAAUGAUAAGCUUAAGCUUAUAUAUGUAAAGUGAGGAAAAUCAUUUAUCGUUUCGAUUGUUGCUUAGUUCUUGCCUCUUAAACUAGGCAGUUUGCUGAACAGUUGUGCAUGCUUACUUUUUUUCCGAACCUUAACUGAUCCUCGUGUUUCGAUCUGGACUGGUCAAAAUCAUGUUUAGUUUAUUCGAUAGACGCAUUCGACUGGUAAAAUGCUCUUCGUAUAUGAAAGGGAUUGAGAAAUUCUUUACAGCGGCUGUUUCUCCUAGCCAGUAAAAUCCACAAACGUUUGCGUUUCUGAUAAUAUUAUCGACCGUAAAAUUUUCACGGGAACAAGCGUUAAUUAAUCGAGCCUUGACAGCGAUCAAGUUCUUGCAAUGGCUUCCGUCACAUCUCACAGGGGUAAUAGAUCUUUUCACAAUCGAAUUCAGUAUUUCUAUGAGCGAUCCGUGUAGCUUUCCUGGAUACCUAGAAUUCCUUUUGCAUGGCUCCAACAAUAAUGCCUAGCACUGAAUAAAAUUAAAGGCCUAAAAACGCCUUUUUUGACUCAAAACCUUUGCCUAAAUUCCCUCUUUUCCUCUCUGAAACGCCAGUGUUUGUCUGAGUCUCGUGGGGGGUCCAGAAAUAUGCAAUCUAUUUUUUAGAAACCGCGCGCUUCGCUACUGACCAAUCAGGACAACAACCAGAGUAUAAUACCAUCAACUGACGUGAUACAACCCACUUUGACUCUGAAGAUGACUACCGCACAGGUUGUCGAAGCGUCAGUCACUGUGAACAACAACAGUCCUAUUCAGGACUACGUUCACCCAGACGAUCAAACUCAACCUACUUUUAUAAUGAGUAUUAUAAGCGUGAAAGGAAUGUUUUUGAAGACUCCAAGUCACGAUUUGCGGCGCUCAUGUUUAUGAGUUGUCGCGCGUAGAGAUCAUCAACAUCCGUCCUGCUUGAAUUGAAAAACAUAUACUACUUUUCUCGAUCUGUACUGUAAGUUACGGAAACUCUUUUUUUCUGCUCGGAUUUAUGGCCCAAGGGCAAUAAGCAGUAUAUUUCUCGAGCUCUGAUCGGCUGAUAGUCACUUAGUCACUAUAGUUCCAAACGCAUUAAGCUCCUUAGUUUUCAGUUCAGUAUUCGAAAUUUUUAUCAUCGAUGAAAACUUUCUCGUCCUGAAAGAUCGACAACAGGAAAAAGAUUGUGCUCAAGAUAUUCAAUCGAGUAUAUUUAGCGGUAUUUUUCAAGCGUUGUAGCCUGCGAACGCAAACGUCGCCUCUCUCCACCCCAAGAGUUACUUUUCAGGUGGAGAGAAGCGAUGACUGGAAAUAUGUUGCGUUUGUAGUCUGUAAAUUUCACGCCAAAUUCAUCGGUAACCGGCUGCCCUUUUAUUAGCCUAUUUGAUUCAACGAACCAAUUGAGAAAAUGAUCUCAUGUUGCCGUGCGACUGUUCAGAAAUCACAGAUAACGUCAAAAUGUGGUAAGAACAUAGCACACGAGCCGCCACACAGGCGAGUGUGGUAUCCCUGCUAAAUGCGCAUGUGGGCCUAUGGUCCAAGUGAACAAAGGCUGUUGAAAUGUAUGAACGUUUUCGUGCAUCUUUUCAGGCCUGACUUUAACUGCAAAUCAAGCUUUUAACCUCAGCGGGGCACUAGGUAAAAUGGUCUCCACAGCUGGCAUUCAAGAUAUGUGGUGGUACUGGGUCAAACGCGAUGGAAAAAUGCAGAAGAUUGCAUAUUGCAACUCCGAGUCGUGCGUGUUCGACGAGUGUAACAGUACCUGUCAAUCAAGGUUCAGGAUUGACGGAGCGACACUGGAAUUGACGGAAGUUAGGGAAGAAGACCGUGGUUUGCAAUUACAAUGCGAAAUACUUCCCAAAUUCCAGGUGUACAGGAUGAAAAUCAGUGUUGUACUGCCAAAAGGUCAGUCUAACUUACAUCACAGAUUGCAAGUAAAUACUUUUAAGGGGGAGAUCUUUUUGUUGCUGUUAAUUGUUGUUGUUUUUUUUUCGGGGGGUAGGGUUUAUUUCAGAAGGAAAGAAAUUAGGUCAAAUUAGGAUAGAAAAGGUAUACAAAUAAACCAGUUAGUCCCCUAAUGAGCUUGAAUUAAGACACUCUGUUUUGAUGGUAGACUAUCCGGUAUAUUUGUCUACUAAUUAUUCUCUUCCUGUUUUAAUUUUCAACAACCCCCAAAUCCAGUAUUUUCCAUUUUCUAUAGUUUUUUAAAACUAUAGAAAAUGGGGGAAUGACAUUCCCCCAUUUCUAUCGAUUUCAUCUGGAUGGGCAUUCAUUGCUGAACUAAAUAAUUCUUUCUUUUAUUGACCUAGACUCUGUUAGCAGCACAAGUAGUACUCUUGGCAAGAAUGAAAAGGUACCUUCUAACAACACUGAGACGACUUCCGAAACAUCAGGAAAGAGAAAAGCUGGGACCUAUGGUACCCAAAAUUCGGCAAGCAGCAGGACCUUAUUAG